AUGAUGCGGAGCAAGCCAGCCUCGUCCAUGCAGAAGACCUACGACGAAUGCUAUUUGCAAUGCUCGACCGCCGUGUUCUUCGAGGGCCAGGGCAAUGAAGCAGAGGCGCUCCGAUCUUGGAAGUCUGCGCUAGAUCAAAUCACUUACUACAAAGCCUACAAAUUGCCACUCAACUAUGCACCCAAGUCCGAGACCGAGCGAGCAUUGUUUGAUUCACUUAAAGAACUUGAGAUACAAUGUAAAGAACGGGUCGAUCUUCUCGAAGCACUAAAGAGGAGCCGGCAAGAGGUGAACAGGACUACCAUCAAGGGCGACAAAUCAGAACGUAGCAGCCGAAGACGUCUCGAGAAGAACAGAGGCGACGUAGAGACGCCUCAGGAUCGACCAGGACCACCGCAGUGGCUGGGCGAUGAGACUGUACCGCCAAUGCAGAUGUCAGAACUCCCAACAGCUACGCCUGCGCUACCCUCCAGACCGCCACUCAAGCCUGCGCGAAGUAGCGAAACCACGGCGAGCAACUCACCAGCACAAUACCCACGCGCCUCGCCCAUAGGGUUUCCCCCUACCUUACCCGUGCCGACGACGAAAGUGUCGAGAAGCCCUAGUCCCGAUCAUGCGAGGAAGACCAUGAGAACAACUCUGCGACCCGAAAGAAAAGGGUUUAGAAAAUAUCGAUCAGCACCGAAUCGGGACAGACAGGGCGAUACAAUGCGAGCGGCUGGUCUAGCAUGGGAGUCGCAGCCGCGCAGGACUUCGCAACAGAGCCCGCGGCCGGAGUCAGAUCCGACGAUCGAGGCGAGACUGAGCGCCACUGCUGCUCGCCGGAGCAUUGAUCAAGAAGCAGCGGCAAGGUCAGAAGAGCAUCGCAGAUCCAAUCCUAACCCUGCUGAUAUGAUUUCCCCCCAAACAUGGCGGGAACUUACAAACUCAAGCUAUCCCAGCUCCACGAUGCAAAAGUCGAUGGAGAGCUUAAAACUAACAUCAAACUCGGUGCCCGACUUGAUAGAUCUAGAUAUCGAGCCCGAGAAGCCACCUCAGCCGCCACUACAUGGAUCGGCGGCAGGGCCGUCGAUUUCCAAGGCCAGGACAGCGUCGCCUAUUGCUCCAGUAAGACCACCAGAUAUUGCAUAUCGGAAAGAAUAUCCUCUACGGCCACAAAAGCUUCCACAGCCGCUUGCGAACAAUCUACUCGAAAAGGCCUACCGGCGGCCAAGCACAGAAACGAGCUCUUCGGGUAUAUACCGAAAGCCUGUGCCUACCUCGAGCAGUUCGCUUGAGGUAAGGGGCCGAUCCCCAAAGAGGCGAGAAGAGCAAUCUGACAGCGACGAUGACGGUUCAAAACCCAGUCUAGCCCUGCCAGUCCGGCCAAAGGCAUCCCGUACUCAGAGUGCUAAAACCAUCACUCCGCCCUCAACAGACGGCGAAUCACUAGAUGAUGAUGCUGCUGGUUCGGACCAGGAGAAACGUCGAGCAAAGUUACUGAAGAACCUGCCUAAAGGAGUUGACGAAGCUGCGGCAAAACAGAUCCUUAACGAGAUCGUGGUCAAGGGCGAUGAGGUUCACUGGGAAGAUGUGGCCGGUCUUGGUGCCGCUAAGAAGGCUCUGAAGGAGGCAGUAGUGUACCCAUUCCUGCGACCCGACCUUUUUAUGGGCUUGCGAGAACCUGCUCGCGGAAUGCUGCUAUUCGGACCACCGGGAACUGGCAAGACUAUGUUGGCAAGAGCAGUGGCAACCGAAAGCAAGAGCACCUUCUUUGCCAUCAGUGCCAGCAGCCUCACCAGCAAAUGGCACGGUGAGUCUGAAAAGCUGGUACGGGCUUUGUUCGCUUUGGCGAAGGCCCUUGCUCCAAGCAUCAUUUUCGUAGACGAGAUUGAUUCUUUGCUCAGCACCAGGAGUGGCUCGAGCGAGCAUGAAGCAUCCAGGCGCAGCAAAACGGAAUUCUUGAUACAAUGGUCUGACCUCCAGCGAGCAGCAGCGGGGAGAGACACGACACUCGGUGAUCCUAGUCGCGUGCUGGUGCUUGCUGCGACUAACUGCCCGUGGGAUAUCGAUGAGGCAGCCCGACGAAGGUUCGUCCGACGGCAGUAUAUUCCAUUACCGGAAGCGGAGACAAGAGAGACACAGAUUCGCACGUUGCUAGGCCAUCAAAAGCACGACUUGAGCGUGGAGAACAUCACUGACUUGGUCCGCUUGACCGAGGGAUACUCGGGGUCGGAUAUUACAGCUCUCGCGAAAGAUGCGGCCAUGGGCCCCCUGCGAAACCUCGGAGAGGCGCUACUGUAUACGCCUAAGGAGCAGAUACGACCGAUUAAUAUGCAAGAUUUUGAAGCCAGCCUAGCCAGCAUCAGACCAAGCGUUAGCAAGAAAGGAUUAGAGGAGUUUGAACAGUGGGCUAGGGAUUUUGGUGAACGGGGUGGCUAG